AUGCUGAAAUGCAAAUUCUAUUCAGCUGCUGCAGCAGCGAAAGCAGCCGCCAAAGCAGCCAAAUAUGGUAUCGGGCCAGGAGGUGGCGUUCUUCCUAGAGGUGGCGUCCUUCCUGGAGGUGGCGUCCUUCCUGGAGGUGGUGUCCUUCCUGGAGGUGGCGUUAUACCUGGAGGUGGCGUCCUUCCUGGAGGUGGCGUUAUACCUGGAGGUGGCGUCCUUCCUGGAGGUGGCGUCCUUCCUGGAGGUGGUGUCGUACCUGGAGGUGGCGUCGUACCUGGGGGCAGACUUCCUGGUGCAGGCAUUCCCAUAAUUGGAGGACAAACAGGAGUCAAACCACCUAAAUACGGUAUCCCAGGUACUGGAUUGGGUGGAACUGGCGUGGCAGGCAUUGGAGGAGGAUACGGAGUCCCUGGACUGGGAGGAACCGGUUACGGAGGUGGUGCCGGAACUGGAGCAAAUGGCCCUGGCUUUGGAUUAUCUCCUAUUUACCCAGGUGGAGUUGUACCUGGUUAUGGAGGUAAACCUCCCAAGCCCUAUGGAGUCCUGGGGGCACUUGGCUACAAAAGAGGAGUCGGCCGGAAGAGGAAGUAGCCCAGACAGCCUACCAUUCACCUCAUGAACUUUGGUGCUACUGCCUGGUCUCGAAUGUACCCCUCCCACCCCCCUGAGAAAAGCAGAGAUUCCACCACCGCUGCUGCCAACACAGCCCCAUGCCUUGCCACCCCCGGCUGGCCCCCCUCCCUCUCACUGGUGCUACAACCAUCCCACAGGGAGCGUCCCUGCCUUCAGCUCCCUGGGGCCCUUUGGUGCUGCAGCCUAGGAGGGCUGCUUUCAGAGGGGGCAGCCUGAGCACUUUAACCCACUCCUGAGCCCCGCGCCCACAAGUGGGGGGACAGGAGCCGUCGGCCAGCUGGCCUGCUUUUUUCCUGGUCUCUCUCUGCUGGCUCCUCUUUGGAUCUAAGUGUGUGGGGGGGACACCCCUAGUUUUGCCAUGAGCCCCUUGCCAGGCCAUUUUUCCCUUCCCCCUGAACACACUGCCUCCGUUUGGAGGGGAGCAGCUCAGGCCAAGCUGUCAGUGCCAAUGGGAUUAGCCUUAAUCCUGGAGCUUCUGCUGGCUGCCAGGCCUGGGUGGAUUAGCACGGCCAGGCCACAGGAUCCAUACCAUACCUAACGUGGGCGCCGGCAUGACAUCGUCCAGCUCCCAAUGAACGGGCUGGCCAGGGACCCCUGUACAUGACCAGCCAACCUGCUCCACAUCUUCAUGUUUAAUCACUUUGAUGUAACUGGGAUGGGACACUUUUUAUAAAGAAGAACAGUAACUGCUUUCCAAAAAAUAAAAUAAAUAAAACCUGACUAAUAAAUAAUGUU